GCGUGAUGUAAGUCCAUAACAAUAGAAACCUUAAGGGUGAAGCAUAAUGCGCUUGUGAAGAAUACUAGCUGGACUGAUCCCGUAGUUAACCCGUUGCUGGCUGGGAGCCUUGUAUAGGGACCUGGGCGGCUUCAGUGACUGUGAGAUCUGUGUGACGGCCGGAUAGUCCAGGACCCGGAAGUUCCAUUAAGCCUGACAGCUUUGGCUGCGUCUUCAGGGAAUUGCGGCUGUGACAGGGAAGACUCACCAUGCUGGGCUCUGGAUUUAAGGCUGAACGUCUUCGAGUCAAUUUAAGACUUGUUAUAAACCGACUGAAACUCCUAGAGAAGAAAAAAACUGAGUUAGCACAAAAGGCUAGAAAGGAGAUUGCAGACUACCUGUCAACUGGAAAAGAUGAAAGAGCACGGAUCCGUGUAGAGCACAUCAUACGUGAAGACUAUCUGGUGGAGGCAAUGGAGAUUCUUGAGCUAUACUGUGACUUGCUUCUGGCACGCUAUGGAUUAAUUCAGUCUAUGAAAGAACUGGAUCCUGGCCUGGGAGAAGCAGUUUCUACACUAAUCUGGGCUGCCCCACGCUUGCAAACUGAAGUUACUGAGCUUAAAAUAGUUGCAGAUCAGCUUUGUGCAAAGUACAGCAAGGAGUAUGGCAAGCUUUGUAGGACAAACCAAAUUGGCACAGUCAAUGAUCGGCUAAUGCACAAACUGAGUGUAGAGGCUCCUCCUAAAAUCCUAGUGGAAAGAUAUUUAAUUGAGAUUGCCAAGAAUUACAAUGUCCCAUAUGAACCGGAUAGUGUUGUUAUGGCUGAAGUCCCUGCUGGAGUUGAAGCUGAUCUCAUAGAUGUUGGCUUUACAGAUGAUGGGAAGAAAGGUGGCAGUGGUGGAGGAGGUGGAGGAUUUGGUAUGCCAUUACCAACAGUUGCUGCUAUGCAAAUGCCAACACCUACCAUCCCAUUUGCAUACCCUGCACCUGGAGGGCAGGACCCAGUCAGUGGAGCACCAGUAGGAAUCUACCAGCCUUUUGGGAAUUUCAAUCCUGCAGUGGGUGGUGUGCCACCACCUGUCCCUUCUAUGCCGCCCACAUAUGAUACUAUUGAGAAUUUUGGACCACAAGCAAAUAAUCUACCUACAGCUGGUCCCGGUAAUAAUGUGCCUCCUGUUGCCAAACCAAGAACAAAAACUCCCGAUAACUUUGUUCUUCCUGAGCUGCCCUCUGUUCCCGACACAUUGCCAGCCACAUCUGUAGGAACAAGCACAUCCACCUCAGAAGACAUUGACUUUGACGAUCUGUCACGCAGAUUUGAAGAGCUUAAAAAGAAGUCUUAAGGGGAAGUCAAACUCUUCUUUCCCACUGGAAGCUUGAUAUCACUUGUCCUCAAAAUUAAAUACUACAUAUUUAAAGACUCACAAGAAACUACUGGUUGUUGGGCUUGAAAGGUGUGUCUUUAAGGAAGGAAUACAGUGUCAGAACGCUUUUACAGUUAUUUCAGAAGGCUUUGUCCUGUGCAAUAUUAACAAGAUGGUCAGCGAUGCAUUUGACUGUUAAUGAUCUUGUAUCUCAUUUGAGGUCUAUGCUAAGAGUUCUACCUUUUCCCAGGAUAUCCAGGCCUAUCUUUUAACCCAACUUGCUCCCACGUUUGGCAUUUAUCUUUCACUCUUAAUGAACUUCUCAGGCUGCUUGAUUUUCUUACUUUGUAAAUAACAUUUAUUAAGUUAGGCUUGAUUAUCUUGCACUCCUUUAAAUAAAGUUGUGGCCUUUUCUUUA